AGACACCAAGUUAACCGUGUCUGAAAUGUUUCCAUUGUUUGAACUAGUGCGACUCUUCACUGUGAAAGACGACUAUGAUUUUAGGAAUUCCCCGACAAUUGUUCGUUAUGCAUACAAAGAAGCAGGCGAAGUCAACCUUCUAGCACUUGCUUGUACAAAUGGGUAUGUCCUCCUUCGGUACAGUAGUGGAAACGGGAAACCUCCGACCACUCACCAGUUACCAUGGCCACAAGAUAAACCUAUUAGCUCAAUGUGUUUUGACCCUACUGUAACUUGGUUACUGGUUCUGGCAGAAGAUGCCACUCUGUUCAUCAUACCAGCAUUGUCCGUCAUGGAUCCAACUGCCAAAGUCAACCAGCUAUGGAGGGAAGAUGAUGUUACUAUAACAAAGGUCAAACGACCCAAAGGUGUACCUACUGCCGUCCUUUGGUGGCACACCCUGGACGAUCAACAGGUAGCCAUUAUUGGUACAAAGACUGGGGAAAUCAUCUUUGUGGAUCUACUGACAAGGAAAACUUUGAAUGAAGUCAAAUUUGAUUGUAAAAUCAUGCAGAUAGACAUAGUGGAAGAUGACCAACAGAUGACCACCAACCUUCUGAUAACAGACCAGUCUGGUGUUCAGUGGAAAUUACUUUUAGAGAGUCGUACUCAUGAAAUCUUGUCCCUGCCUGAUAAGGAGCUACUUGACCUGGGCUACAGCAGUGUUGAUGGGAGAAACCUUCCUGUAAUCAGUAUCACUUCUCCUUCAGAUCAAACUGUUGACUUGUUCCUGCCUCUGAGAUUUUACCAGUUCCAGAGAUCUGUGUUCCUGUCACCGCAGUAUGCAAAGGGACGGCACUUUGUUGCAGCUCAUUGUGACAAGACAAACACAUAUCAGAUUUAUGACAGUGAUGUGGAACACAAUCCUCUUUUUGUGUACAAGUUACCAUUUGGUGCCUAUAAUGUCAUCCUGACAGACAAAGUCAUAUUUACUACAACACGACUCGGAGGGGAGAAGAGAUUGCUUGUGAUAGCUAACCAGCGGGCAGAAACCUCAGUGGAUGACCAACAGGAUUUCAACAAGGAUGCAGUGUUACAACAGUUUGAUCUGCCACAAGAGGAGCACCUGUUGACGGUCCUGAAGAAGUCUUAUCCAUUCUACUGGCAUGAUAAGCGUGAAGAAGACCUAUGUCAAAAGAUGGCUCAGGAUAUACAGCUUGGUCUGGGACGGGCCAACAAAGCUGGGCCAAGCAUCCUUCCACCCACCGCCUACGAUAUGACCGUCACCAGUCAUACUGUUCUCAAUGGCUGUGUCAUAAUAACAGGGUCAUCUGUGUAUGAAUGUAGGCCCAGGAUAUCACCAGAGCGACUGUUCCUACAGAUGGCCGUCCAGCAGCUUGACCACUCACGGACAGAGGUCUUAGGUAUAGGUCUUGGUCUUGAUCUCAACACACUGUAUGAAGUAUCAGCUGAACAUGUAUUGAAAAACAAGGAUUUCUCUCAGGCAGUCAGGCUUUACAAGCUCUCUAAGUGUUCGCAUGCAAGGAGAGUGGCAAACUUUGCUCAGUAUGGUUGCGUCCAGGAAGUACUAACCUACGCAAGACAGGUACUUUGUAUUCAGAACCAGGACAUCAAUACCAGUGAGAGAAAACAACUGACUGACUUAGCCAUACACUGUUUUGUACAUCAGAUCCAGGAACAUUCCAGAGACAAGACACAACUUCAGCAGUCUUUUCUUGAGUUUCUUAUCACCAACUUUUCAUAUGAAGAAAGCAUGGUUCUUUCUUUGCUGUCAGAGAAUGGCCUGAUUUAUAUUCUACUGGAGCUUGCUAAGGCACGUGGCUUGGUCAUGGAGGCAUUGGAUUUGUUGGCAAAGAACAGCUACACCAGACUGGACAACCAUGUAGUGGACAGUCUUGUCAGCAAGGGCUUCAUCAACCACCUUGUCCAGGCAGCAUCAGGUACGUUCUUCCAAUCACUGAACCCCCAAUAUAGGACGGAGAUCCUGUGCUCCAAGCCUCAACUCGCUCUCCAGCACUAUGCCAUGAUACAGGACUGUGUGUCAGACCUAAGCCUUGACACACUGGAAAAACUUGCCAACAUUUUUGAUCCCUCAAGGCCUAAUCUUAGAAACCACAUUUCUAAACAUAUGCUUUCCAAGAAAAGAACUUCCAGUGUCUCCUCUCUUAACUCCCAAUGCAGUGAUGGAGAACCUGGGUCCAUGGAGAAUACCCUUCCCGAGCCUUCAAAAUUAGUGGAGUUCUUUGUAACCAUAGUUUUACAACUCAACAACAAACGUGACAAAUCAGGUGACAUUCCCAAUACAGAGGAACUACUGACCAUGAAUUCUAACGAUAUAUCUAAACAGUCUACGGAAGGAAAUAAACAGAUAAAAGUGUGGAAGUUGUCUUGUCGCCCAGUGUCAUUAGGAUCUGGACAUCAGCAUGUUGCUUUAGUGCGUAAUGGUGACCUAUACACAUGGGGACGCACUUCUUAUGGCAGAUUGGGCCACGGAGACCUGGCCCCAGACAAUACAGUUUCUCCUCCCUGUAGGGUGGAAACUCUACACAUGCUCCAAGUCCGCGUCAUUUCUGUGACUUGUGGAGGGGAACAUACGCUGGCCCUCACACAGCAAGGGGUGUUUUCCUGGGGAUCGUCCCAGUAUGGACAAGUUGGAAUUGGUACGAGGCAUAUAUAUAGUCGACCAAUGCAAUUGGACAAACUCUCAUCCCUACAGUGUGUGAGUGUCGAGAGUGGUCAGUACCACUCACUAGCUGUGACCGCAGAUGGAGAAGUAUAUAGUUGGGGAUGGGGAGUCCAUGGACAGCUUGGCAAUGGCGGUAUUGAGGAUGCGUUGGUCCCAACCCAUGUACAGGCACUAUCUGACAAACAGAUAAUCAGGGUGUGUGGAGGGUACUGUCAUACAUUGGCCCUCUCCUCACAAGGAGAAGUGUACUCAUUUGGCUGUGGAUUCUUUGGCCAACUUGGUUUGGAAAAAAACAAAAAACAGACAUUACCAAUGAAAAUACAUGCUCUGAAGGAAAAGGUGGUCAUUAUUUGCACAAAAUUUUUUCACAAUAUUGCUGUGACACAAAGUAAUCAUGUAUACUCCUGGGGAUGUCAUCCAUACAACCUGAGGUUUGCUGCACAUUCUAUACGUAAGGCACGCCAGGCCGGUGUCGUGGUUGGGGAUCCAGUCGACCAUUUCUUAAUGCCUGAUCUUGUUGACACCAGCUUUGUCCAUGGACGAAUCACACAGGCUGCUUGUGGCAGCUCGCAUUCAGUACUGGUCACUCAGGAUGGAGAUGUGUACACCUGGGGUAGGAACAUGGAUGGCCAGAUUGGAAAUAACACUAGACAGGACAUGAAAAUUCCCAGUAUGGUGACUAACAUAAAUGACAGAAGUGUGACACAUAUCACUAGUGGAGGAGAGUUUAACAUUGCUCAGGACUCAGAUGGGCUUGUUUGGGGAUGGGGCAAGAAUGACAUGGGACAGGUAAAACAGGAGAAGGCAGAACUGUCACUCACUACUGUCACCGCCACUCAGAAGGUCAUCAAGACCCACAACAGACGACGGGCAGGAAGUGGCAUCACUGAAUUCCUUCUCCCGACAGUCUGUCAAGGCUUGCCCAUAGCUAAACCAGCCUCAUCACUUUGGAGACCAUCCCAUCUGACAAGGUCGGGGUCAUAUGAUGGGUCAGAUGUUGAUACAUUGUGGAUGGAGGAAAGCCAAGAUGAUGUCCAGUUAGACCACCUUCCUGAUCUACAGUCACUAGGCUGCAGAAAAUAUGGUCGUAUCACCAUUUUUGAAGUCCUACAGCACCUGUCAGAGUUAUGUAACUGUAUGAAGAUCAUGCGUCAGUGUGUAAACUUGGAUGACUGGCUCAGUGCUGCAUACAUUUGUCUCCACCAAAACAAUUAUGCACAGGCCCUUGCAUACCACCUGAAGGCCCUGACCUCCUAUGUCACUAUGUUUGGCUGUGAUUUCCUACAGAGUACACUGAGAGUUGUCCAACACUACACCCAACUUUGCAUCUCACAAGAACUGCCAGCCUCCCAGAAAGAAGAAAACUACAGACUUGUUCUUAUACAGAUGCUGGAACAUUGGGAGAAGCAUGAUUUGUCAGUCAGUAGUCUAGAGGCCCUGCUGACAGAACACAUGGACAGUGUGUGCUGUAUUCUGAGCACAUUUCUCUUCUGGAAGAAUCGAAAGACUGGUGACGGGGGCGACACCACAACUUUACCAGCCUGCAUUGGAGUCUCCAGCCAAUUCAUGAUGCAUUUUACAACAAAGUUCUGUCUGCAAGUUCUCCAGAAAGUCUUUGAUAAGAUGCUUCUUUCAGACUUUGAAAAGAGAUAUCCAGUCAGUCAUGGAUCAUUGAAAAAGCUGUUAACGUGUCGGAUAGGGUCAAAUGACUCCGAUCUUGACCUCCAACCAGGUGAUAAACUCAUACCGUUUGAUCAAUUGUGGCAAGAUGUGGUUCAAAAUCUACAAAAGAGUACAGAAUCACGUGACUAUAUAUAUAUCACACGUACAGAUAUUGAUCACAUGACGGAAAAACUUGAACAAACCCAGGGACCACAGUCGAUCCAAGAUGAAGUCAACUCCCAAGAGCCAAACACAGUGCUCUUUACAUGUGGUCACCACUACACACGACGGAAUUUCAUGGAUGAAGUGGUGGUAAAGUUCAACAAGGAGUUAUCCCAGGGUCCGGCCAGUCUACCUGGCAGUGCUGCUCUUUUGAUGCAGUAUUACUGCAGGCAAGGAUUACUUCCCCUGGCAUGUCCAAAGUGUGUACUCAACACACUGCAUACUGCAUUAUAGAGUGCUUCUUGUGGAAGGGAUUGGCUGGGUAGUUAAAGAUGAAUAUCCAGUGAUUUGUAAGCAGAAUCAAACAUUUAAACAAAGAUUCAGUGCAUUGAAGUAAUUUGUUCCUAUGUAAUAGGUACUAGAUUUAGAAUGAAAUUCUGAGAAUAAAUGUCAAAAUACUAUCUAAGACAUAUUUAGGCCAACCUGACUAGCUUCCAUUAAGUUUUGUGACUGUUUGAUGUUGACAAGCAGAUCACUUAAUGAACAAAAUGAUGAAUGUUUGGUUGUGAAGUUGCCUAAGUUGAUUCUUCUAUUGUCAUAGGGAGGUUAAACCUGCAAAUCCUUGGAAUUUAAAAGUAGGUUUGUGAUAUAAAUUGCUCAAGUAAACUAGAUGUGACUUGUUAGCUCACAAUGUGUACUUAUGGUACAGUUUGUUUUCUGAAGAGAUUAUUUUGUUUUAUUGUUGUUCCUUAUGAAUUGAAACAAGAAUUACUGGUCAGUUAUACUUGUGAACCUGACUUGGAAGUCAUCAGUAUUGUUUAUUUUGUAUAUGAUUAAUUGACUGUUUAUCUGAAAUUGAACCUAUACCAGGUAGUAUGAAAUUUUGGUGUUCAGUGAGAAAUUCCAAACAAAUUAAACUCCUGAGUCCGAAUUGUUAUGAUUUCCUCCUGACUCUGAGUCAGAAUUGAUGUGAUUGUCCCCUGAUAUUAAACCAGAAUUUGUAUGAUUGCCCUUUACUCUGAGUUAGAAUUUGUAUGAUUGUUCAUUGACUCUGAGUCAAGAUUUGAGUGAUUGUCCCUGACAUUGAGCCACAAUUUGUAUGAUUGUCCAUUAAUUUUUUUGUAUGAUUGUCUCUUGACUCUUGAGUCAGAAUUUGUAUGAUUGCCCCAGACUUUGAGUCUGCAUUGCUAUGUUGACCUAUUGGGCUUAUCGCAGUAAAAAUACCAAAGAUUAUGUUCUGGUGAUUAGGGAAAUGUCAAAUUUAUGGUGAAAUUAUUCGCUUAACCAAAUCAUGUGUUUAAUUGUGGACGUCCAGUGAGCCCAAAAAUCUUUUUUAAUGGUAUCCAUAGGCAAUGUUUUGUUGAUGUUAAUUAUCAGAAAUAACAAUCUUACAUAAGUGAUGUUUGUCUACUCAUUUUUGUGAAACUAGAUGAAAAUGAUCUUAAUCAUAAAUUAAAUGACAAUAUUUUUUCCCAGACACUUGGAUUUUCAAAUCAUGUAAUCAGCUAAAAAUGUGUGAAAACCUCAUACUGUGGAAAGAUCAAUUUUCUCCCAUAAUGUUGAUUAUAGGUGCAUAUUAUGUCAGUUUUGACAAUUUUGAAACUUCUACAGAUGAUAUGAACAUCAAAGUAACAGUGAUGUUUGAUGUGACAAUACAUUGUGAUAAUGCAUGUUAAGAUUUGGCUUCAGUGUUAACAAAUGAAAAAACUUCAAAUGUUUGAUAUGUUUAACUGAUAGUAGCUAUAGUCUUCAUUUCUACAUUAAUCAACCUAUUCUGUGUUCACAAUCCUGCCAUAUUUGUUUAUUCUUGCAUACAGAAUAUAUAUGUUUAAGUGGAUACUUUCUUACAAGCAUUUUAGCUAUAUUAUUUAAUUUUUAUUUGUUUAGGUUUUCCCAAUAAUAAGGUAUAUAAGAUGUGUUCUAGUCUAAUGACCUACUUAAGAAUGCUAAGGUCACAAAUGCAAAGUACAUCUACCAGACCUACUUGUGAAUGUCAGGGUCACAGCUAUAGUACAUCUAUCAGACCUGCUGAUGAAUGUCAAGGUCACAGCUUUAGUACACCUAUCAGACCUACUUAUGAAUGCCAAGGUCACAGAUAAUACAUCUUUUAGACCUACUGAUGAAUGUCAAGGUCACAGUUAAAGUACAUCUGUCAGGCCUGAUGAUGAAUGUCAAGGUCACAGCUAUAGCACAUCAGUCAGGCCUAUUGAAUGACAAGGUCACCACUAAAAUGCAUCUGUCAGACCUACUUAUGAAUGUCAAGGUCAUAACUAUAGUACAUCUAUCAAGAUUUAAUGCUAUAUAUAACCAGUCGCCAUUCAGAUAGCUAGAUAAACAGCCAGAUAAUAGAGAUAUUAUUUUUUGUAAAUAGAUAAACAGUGCAUGAAAAGCAGGAUACCCCAGAGUAUUUGUGAUUUGAAUGGAAUGUCCUUCAGGGAGGUUUAUAAAAAACAAUAAAGUAUUACAUCAGCAGGUACUACAAAAUGGACAUUUGGUUUUUUUUUUCCUAGUUAUUAAUUUGAAACUAAUGAUAUUAAGAGAAUCAUUCUUUUUUAUAUUUGCACUAGAUUUUUUUAAUUACCUUUGAAAGCAUUAACUCAGAUAUGUCAAAAACACAAUUUUUGUCAAAAUAAAAGUGUAGGCAGUUGUUUCUCAUUUGACAGCCUUGACUUGUGUCUCCCAGUCCUUGGUUGUGAUCAACGUUUACAGGGUCUUCCAGUUUCCAUCCAGAUAAAUAUUAACAUGAUGUAAUUAAAUACAAUAUUGAAUGUUAAGUUUUACAUGAUAGUCCUUCUGUUAUUCUUACAACUUUCGACUGGUCCAAAGGACUGGUGGGCUUAUGCCAUGUCAUGUUGUCUGUUUGUCUGUCUGUCUGUCUGUCUACCAACUUUAGCUAAUUACCUGGUUCAAAGCAUUAUAGGGUGAGAGAUUGAGGCCCUUUGUUUCUUUUGUUUAUUGAUAAAAUGAUCAAUCAAUUUACUCUUGUUUGAUGGUGUACGACAAUAUCAGCAAUAAGGAUGGCUGAAGUUAUACUUGUGUUUGUAUUAUGAAUUUAUUAAAAUUUAUUGAAUUACAAAGUUGACAAAA